CCAGGCUCCGCACUGGUUCUGACGCCUGCACGUCCCGUCGUGCCGGUAAUCACCAGCGCGCCGCGCUGCUCCACUGGCGGCCCCGACAUGUUCAUUGGAUGAUCAAUGAUGACCGCCGUCAGUGCCGCCAAAACGGUGGUGACGGGGUCGGACCUGCAGGGCGGCGGCGUCUUCUCCUUCAUCAAGGCGAAGGGUACGCCGCAAAACCGCGCCAUCAUCGCUUCGGUGUUUGUCGCUCUCGGCACUCUCGUUGCCAACCCCUCCAUCGUGACAGCCCUUACAGCUGACGCUUCCAUCAACAGCGACAUCUAGAGUUGCUGCCAUAGGGCACGGCUGGCGCGCCCGCUUGAGAUGCUUGAGACCUGCCAUCAUGAUUCAGUGCUCUCGAAAAAGCCGCGCGAACGCCGGCAAGAGGCGCUGAGGAGAGACGCAGGUCCAUGCCACGCAGGAGGCGCCGCCAAUUUCGUAGAUUUUGUUGUGUCAUUGUGUGCAUUAACCA